AUGGCUUUUCCUUUGGUGCAGGUCUCCUGGGUUUAUUGGCGUUUGAGAAGAUUUCCCACCAAAAGAAUAUUUGAUGCUGAACGUAAAUUUAUUGCUAAAAAUACGUUUGAACUUUUUUUCAUUCAUGCCCCAUUCUCUUUAUAUCACGCAUGGAUUUUAGUAAUCGCAGUUCUUACGGUAUACGCAACUUUUACACCUGAUAGAGCAGUUGCUUAUGAUGCAGCUGCUAUCGAAACUGUCACCAAUGAUACUACAAUUGCUAAUGCCGCUACUGUCUAUGAAAGUCCUAGCAUAUUUGUUCAAAUUUUAGUGAUUUUGGGACUUCUUUUCAUGGAGUGCACUGCAAUUGGUUAUAUUGAGAGAUUUAGAGGUGAUAUUGCUGGUGCAGCUGUAAUUGCUUGGACUUUAUAUGGUAUUUGGUAUGAGCAACAAGAUGCUGUUAUACGAUGGACCGCUUUUGUUCUUGCCUUAAUUACUACAUUCCAUAUCUGUAAACCUAUUAUUCUGAAAUAUGUUUUCAAGAAAGAUGUGGACGUUAUUAUUAUUUAA